AUGGCCCCCGUCAAGGUCUCCAAAAUCUGCUGCAUCGGUGCGGGAUACGUCGGUGGCCCGACGUGUGCCGUCGUCGCACUCAGGUGCCCGCACAUUCAGGUUACGAUUGUCGACCUCAACAAGGCCCGGAUCGACGCGUGGAACAGCCCCAACUUUGAGCUGCCGAUCUACGAGCCCGGGCUGGAGGAGGUCGUCCGCCAGGCCCGCGGCCGCAACUUGUUCUUCUCGACGGACGUCGAUAAGGCCAUCCGGGAGGCGGACCUGAUCUUCGUCUCGGUCAACACUCCCACCAAGAAGUCUGGAGUGGGAGCGGGCUUCGCCGCUGAUCUCAACUAUGUCGAGUCCGCCACGCGCCGCAUCGCAGCCGUUGCGACGACAAACAAGAUCGUCGUCGAGAAGUCGACUGUGCCCUGCCGGACGGCCGAGUCGAUGCGUACCAUCCUCGAGGCCAACUCCAAGCCCGGCACGCGCUUCGACAUCCUCUCCAACCCCGAGUUCCUCGCCGAGGGCACCGCCAUCGCCGACCUCUUCAAGCCCGACCGUGUCUUGAUCGGCUCGCUUCAGACGCAGGAGGGCAAGGACGCGUGUCAGUCGCUCGCGGAGGUAUAUGCCAACUGGGUGCCGCGCGAGCGUAUUCUCACCGUCGGCCUCUGGUCCUCCGAGCUCUCGAAGCUCGCCGCGAACGCUAUGCUCGCGCAGCGCAUCUCGUCCGUCAACGCGCUUUCUGCGAUCUGCGAGGCGACGGGCGCGAACAUCGAUGAGGUCGCGCACGCCGUGGGCUUCGACUCGCGCAUCGGGCCCAAAUUCCUCCGGGCCUCAGUCGGCUUCGGAGGGUCCUGCUUCCAGAAGGACAUCCUGAACUUGGUGUAUCUGAGCGAGAGCCUGCACCUGCCGCAGGUCGCGGAGUACUGGCGCCAGGUGGUGGAGAUGAACGAAUACCAGAAGAGGAGGUUCUCGAAGACGGUAGUGGACACGCUGUUCAACACUAUUACUGGCAAGCACAUCGCCGUCCUCGGCUUCGCGUUCAAGGCCGACACUGGCGACACGCGCGAGUCGGCGUCCAUCUCGCUCAUCCGGGACUUCCUGCAGGAGAAGGCGUACGUGACGAUCUACGACCCGAAGGUGGAGGAGGCGCAGAUUUGGCUGGACCUGUCCGAGGCGCUGCCGACAUGGCCGCUGGAGACGAUCAAGAAGCACGUGAGCAUCGUGCACAGCGCGCUGGAGGCGUGCACGCAGAAGGAGGCGAUUGUGAUCGCGACGGAGUGGAAGGAGUUCAAGGAGAUUGACUGGCAGGCGGUGUACGACGGGAUGUCGAAGCCUGCAUUCGUGUUCGACGGGCGGAUGAUCUUGAACGCGGACGAGCUGCAGAAGAUUGGGUUCACGGUCAAGGUUAUUGGUCGUGGCGACCGCCUUUGAAAUGCCCUCCUCCUAUAGAUGAUACUCGGCUGUCUUUCUGUUGGCUGGGUGAGACUAGAAGUGCGAUAUGAAAUGGACGAUGACAUUUGACGGUUGGCCGCUACUGUACCAUUGCCUCCGUGAUACCACACAUCAAUAAUCAGACUGAGACGGAGGCCAUGUAUGCCGUUACUACUGUGUUUGCAAUGUAUGCGAGUGCCUGAGAGGUUGCCGCACGAC